AUGUCGAAACAGGCCGGUGAGGAGAUGACCCUGCUGGAGUGUUUCCGCUGUGACCUGGGCUUCUGGGACGCCUGCUUUACCACCAAGACCAACUGCAGCGCUGGGGAGAGGUGCUACACUGGCCGGGGGAGGGCAGCGGAUGUGCUGGAUGUGAAGAUGCUGGGCUGUGUGCGUGCAGAGGAGUGCGAGGUGGUAACCAGGGUGGAGAUCUUCCCCAACACCACCUUCUACACCAUGACCAGCAGCUGCUGUGACACAGACCUGUGCAACACGGCCCCCUCGCUGCCUCUCUCCACACGACUCCCCCUCGCUGUGACACAGACCUCACCUUCUGUACGCCUACAAUGA